CCAUCCAACACUUUCCUAUCUGGCUAUCUCCGACGCUUUCCCUCCCCACAAAAACUCACCGUCAUCACUCGCCGGCUAUCCGAAAACUGGAUUCCUAUUUAACGCCCCCACAUUUUCCCGCCAAAUUCUCUGGUCCCGGCAAUUCCUUUCAGUCAAUGCCGUGCCACGGCAAUGCCUCGCCCACUCGAUCUCGCUGCUCUGCUCACAAGAAUCUUUGUCCUUCUCCAGCUCCUCCUGAUGGCGAAUUGGAAGAGUAACUGCCAGGUCGAAGCAGAAGUCGGUCCCGAAGGUCUAGUUAGGGUUUCUUCCCGGCGGUGCUGUGGUGGCUCGUCCGAACGAGGCAGAGAAAUGACAGCGGUCGCGACAUGUUCGGAAGAUCAUGUUAAGUCAAUUUGGUCCAGAAGACGAUGAAAUUGGAUGCAUCGACAUCUCAAUGCUGCGUUCCGUUUAUCGGCGGAGGAACGAGAAUGGUGAUUCGAAUAUCUUUUCCUUUCCUCGCCUGCGUUCGAGGUUUCUCUUUGGUUCAUCGUGUACCGAAGUAGAGUACUGUGUGCCAAUAAUUGUCAUUCGAAAGAAUGCAUUAGAUAAUGAUAUCAUUAUCCAUGGAAGGAUGCUGUAAUUCAUUUAGCCCGAGCAAUGCGCUGGAGGAACCCACAUGUCUUGGGAGCUAAAUAAGAAGGCUAGCUCUCUUUUAAUCUAUUUGUAAACCAAACUGCCACAGCAUGAGAUAUUUGGAGCUUUUGACAUCUAGGAGAUUCGGUUUCUCGUUGAUCAGAUUUUUGGGGGAUAUGGAUCAGCAGAUCUGGUCAUUAUUUCGGGCAGUGGCUUUACUUUUCUUCUCCUUGGGCAUCAUAUUUAUCCUUUGGAAGAAGUGCUCCAAAAUUUCUGUCCAUUAUUCUUCACGAUCAGAAUCAUGGGCAGAGCAACAACCUCUGCCUGGCCCUUCCUUGUCAGAUUCUGUUCUGCCUAUGGAGUAUGAAGUCUUCCUGAGUUUUAGAGGCCCUGAUGUCCGUACAACCUUUGCUGAUUUUCUCUAUAGUGUCUUGGAUCGUUCCAAGAUUCGAACCUUUUUUGAUAACGAAGAGAUUCGUAAAGGGGAGAAAAUUAGCACUUCCAUUCUCAAGGCGAUAGGAGAAUCAAAAGUGUAUAUUCCAAUAUUUUCCUUGAACUAUGCUUCAAGUAAGUGGUGCCUUCAAGAGCUAGUUGAGAUUGUAAAGUGCUGCAAGCAAAGGGAGGGCCACCUCAUUCUGCCUAUUUUCUAUUUGGUGGAGCCUGAAGCUGUGCGGCAUCAACAAGGUACCUACGGGAAAGCACUUGAACAGCAUAGCAAGAAGUAUGACACUGAAACAAUAAAGGCAUGGAAGGAAGCCCUUCAGGAGGCCGGGCAAAUAAAAGGAUGGCAUGUUACUGAGUCAGAUGGGCAGGGGGCUGUUGUAAACAAGGUUUUCUCUGAGGUCUGGUCACAUUUAAUCGGGCAUUACAUGGUAAUGACGGAUGAGUUGAUUGGAAUUGAUGUUCAUGUCGAGAGAAUGACAGAACUACUAAUGCUGGACCGUGAAGAUGUGCAAGCUAUUGGAAUUCAUGGGAUGGGGGGCAUCGGUAAGACCACUAUAGCAAAGGCUGUCUACAAUAAAAUAUGUGCGCAAUUUGAUCACUGCUGCUUUAUGGAAGAUGUUCGAGAAACGAUGUCGAGGAUGGAUGGUAUUGUGACUUUGCAGAGUAAAAUUAUAUCUAGCAUUUUGAGGCAGGAUCACAAGGUUCAAGACACGAAUGAAGGUAUCCGCAUAAUAAACCAAAGAAUCUGCAAAUGCAAGUUUCUUAUAAUUCUUGAUGGUGUGGAUCAUAAGUUUAAGUUUGACAAAGUUUUCGGUAAACCAAAUAUUUUUUUCGCGAAAAGUAGAUUUAUUGUUACGACAAGAGAUGAAAGAGUCAUGGAGUUCUUUCCACCAUAUAAGUUGUAUAAACCCGAAGAAAUGGGCAAGGAUCAUUCACUUCAACUGUUUAGUAGACAUGCCUUUGGAAUGGAUUACCCGCCAAAAGAUUACAUUGCUUUGUCCAAAGAGUUCGUAGAAGUUGCAUCAGGUCUACCUUUGGCUCUCAAGGUCAUUGGAUCACUCUUGUUUCGUCGCAACGAUAAAAGUUUCUGGAAAGCGAAGCAGAAACAAUUCAAAGACAUUCUUCCUUCAGAGGUGCAGGAAACGUUGAAGAUUAGUUAUUUGGAGCUCACUUAUGAGGAAAAGCAAAUCUUUCUUGACAUUGCUUGUUUUUUUAUUGGGGAAGAGAAAGAACAGCCUUCCUAUAUGUGGAGUGAUUGUGGUUUCCAUCCGGAAGUUACAAUUAAUACUCUUGUUCUGAGGUCGUUAAUAAAAGUCCAUGCGGAAAAUAAGUUUUGGAUGCAUGACUAUAUUAGAGAUCUGGGCAGAGCAAUUGUCCGUGAGGAAGAUUUUCAAUAUCCUUGGAAACGUAGCAGGAUAUGGUCCAAGGAGGAUGCCUUGGACAUGCUGACAGAUGAAAAGGGGACUGACAGGUUGGAGGUUCUUACCGUUGACAUGGAUGGUGAGAAUUUUGAGCUCACGAAGAAGGAAUUUCAGAAAUUGUCAGGGUUAAGGUAUCUCCAAGUGCGCUCUGGAAGGUUGACUGGAGAUUUCAAAAAGAUUCUACCAAAUCUACGUUGGCUUCAACUUCAUGAAUGCAGUUCAAUCCCUAUCGAUUUCAACGUCAAGAAAUUGGUAAUUCUGGAUCUGAUGAGUUGCCCUGUAAGAGAUGAUUGGAAAAGCUGGGACAGCAUCAAGAUCUUGCACCUAACAGGACUUGAGAUAGAAGUACCAGAACUACCCUCAAGUUUAAAGCGGCUAUCCCUCUCAUCACCUAAGGUUCCCAAUCUUUUGGAGCUCAAGGACUUGGAGAAGCUAUGGUUAAGUUGUGAUACACUUGAGAUUCCUUGGGACUUGUUCAAGCUCUCGAACUUGAAGGAUCUGUCGUUAAUGCAGGUUGGGAAUGGGAUGGAUGCCCUUGUUCUUGACCAUGAAUCAACUAAACCCAACGGCCAGAGUCGUUAUUCUCGGGAACCUGGUAUGAGAACCCUUAUUUCUUCUUCGCCUACCCUUCCAUCAUCUCUAAGCACCCUAUCGAUUUGCGGUUGUCAGCCUUUGGAGAGACUGCCAAACCUUGCGAAUCUAAGUAACUUGAUGACAUUAUAUUUGAGUCACAUUGGGGUGUGCGAGAUCCCCGAUCUCGGCGAGUUGAGAAUGCUUGAAAAGUUCCACUUAUGGGACGCUUCAAAUCUGAUCAAUCUCGAUGGUCUCGCACAUGUAGAGCUUCUGGAGGAACUGAGUGUGAAUGGUUGUGAUGUACUGAGAAAACUACCCAGCCUCUCAAAUUUGACCAAGUUACGGGAGCUCAAGAUCAUUGAUUGCCCAUUCCUCUCUGAGAUCCAAGGGCUUGGUGAACUGGAGGAUUUAUCGUUUCUACUGAUCAAGGGAUGUAAUCAGCUGACUGGGGUGAUGGGGCUUGACAAACUGGAGUCACUGCAACAAUUGGUGAUUACUGAUUGCACGUCGAUUAAGGAACUGCCUGAUCUAUCUGCUUUAAAGCACUUGUGGAAGUUGAGAAUUACUGGAUGCAAUGAGUUGACUGAAGUUACUGGGACUAUGGUUGGAGUGCGUACAAUGUAUGAUUUUUCACCGGAUCAAGAUCUCAACGAAGCAGCCAGAUGGAGAAGAAGUAUGUUCCCUCCUUCGUUGCUAUCUCCUGUUCAAGCUCUUAGGUUGUGCUAUGAGAAUACUGAUAUAUAUUGUUGUUGUUUGUGGCAUCAUGACUAUGGCAGACUUGAAGUACUGAGAUUGCUAAGACUCCACGUCUUGUUGGACGCUUCAAAUCCAAUCAAUCUCGAUGGCAUCGAACAUCUCGAGCUUCUGGAGGAACUGAUUGUGCGUGGUUGUGGUGUACUGAGAAAACUACUCAGCCUGUCAAAUUCGACCGAGUUAAUGAAGCUCAAGAUCAUUGAUUGUCCACUCUCUGAAAUCCAAGGGCUUGACAAACUGGAGUCAUUGCGAGCAUUGGUGAUUAUUGAUUGCAAAACAUGA